AUGGAUAGUAAUGAUUAUCUCUACGCUGGUAUCACCAUCCAGAACAUGGCACACAAAGGAGUAGCAGUCGCAGUAUUUAUGGUAUUCUGUUUUGUACUAUACAACACGAGGAACCUGAUGAAAGAGAAAUUCUUCGAUUUCAAAGAAGCAACAACACCAACAGCCGUAAAAUUUCCUACAUGCAAACUUCCCGAAAAUCUUUUUAGAAACGAGCAAAUGUCAACAAUACGGAAACCGAAUUUAACACAAGUCGUGUCUGUUUUAAACAAUACAAAAAGGAACAAAUGCAUCGACAAGGUAAAAUGGAAUCAUGCAUCAGACUUUUCAUACUUCAAUAUACCAUCUUUUCAUUUCUGUGUCAAAAGUAACAUCCAUCCAGAAAAAGUUCGACAAUUUCACUACGAACGACUUGUUAUUACAGGUAAUUACAACAUCAUAUCUUCAUUUUUCUCUUUUCUGAAAAGAAAAUCUGAGGUAAUCAUAAUUGAAAUCGGAGGUUACAUCGGUCAGACUCUACGGAAACUUAUUCCUGUAACUGGUGCCAAACACUAUGUAGUUAUAGAACCUGUUCCUACUUUUUACAAGACACUAAACAAGAAUAUUCGGACUUUAAAUUUCAAUACAAGUGUAAAAACAUAUAAUUUUGGCCUCUCUAGAAAUCACAAGGAGUUGGUCGUAGGAGUAGUCGGAGACGCAACACAUAUGUUAAAAAAAUCAAACUUAAAAACGACUGAAAAGGUUCAACUAGUGGGUGUUCUGGAUUUUUUCAUUCAACUUGGAGUGGGGUGUCAUAGAAUAGACCUACUGACCAUCAACUGUGAAGGCUGUGAAUUUGAAGUUUUAGAGACAUUGAUCUCCACGAAUCUUAUAGAGAAAUUCGAUUUUAUACAAUUUCAGCCCCACUAUUUUGCUCCCAACAUUGGAAACUUUCUUUGCCGCUAUUGCAGUCUGCGUCAACUUCUUGCACGUACCCAUGAGUUGGUAUACGACUUUCCUCUUGUCUGGGAAGCCUGGAAAAGAAAACACUAA